AUGGCGCAACCUGGUCUUCACCGAGCGUUUUCGACAGAAAUCCUCUGCGAGGUUUUUGAGCACCUGGACCUGGGCAGACCGCAAACAGAGCUGCCCAUUCAGCGCUUUCAUAGGCGCCUCUCGGAGCUGGCUUUACUGCGGCUGUCCACGACUUGUCGCGCGUUCUCUGGCCCUGCCUUAGAUGUCCUUUGGAGAAGACCACCCAGCAUUCUCGCGGUCCUAUCUGUUUUGCCUACUUUGCAUUCAGAUUUUGCAGAGGAAUACUACUUCACAACUGAACCUAAUGAAAAUGAGUGGGAACGCUUCCAGGCCUACGCUUGCCGAGUCACCGAUCUCGGCUUUGGGCGAGAUCGCCCGCAGCGCAUCACAUUUGGACAAGAGCGGAUAUCAUCCUCAGUAUGGCUGUUUCUAUCACGCAAGACUCCUGCCGGACAGGGCCUCUUCCCUCGUCUCAAACGUUUGGAGCUCUUCGAAGAAGCACCUGUGAGGGAUCCGGGCCGCAGCCUUCUCCUCUCUCCCACUCUUCGUGAAAUCAGGAUUUCCACUGCCCUACGUCCUGGAGAAAACCCGAACAUCAAGUUCUUUCCCGGCAUCGUUCCUAUAGUCCAGGAAGCUCUUCGGCUUGUGUCCAAGUUGUACAGCCUGCGAGUGUCGUUUUGGGGGCUCGCGCACCUCCCAAACUCUACGGCUAUCGCCGCGAGUUACGCCGACUUGUCGCAUCUUCAGACCUUGGGUAUCACAAACGUGAAUAUAUCACUACAGCUUUUGCAAGUCCUUUUGUCCGCACCCUCUCUGGAGACGUUGGAGCUUGUCAUUGAGGAAAUCGACGAAGAACUCGAGAAUGUCGACAGGCCUCUCACCUCUGGCCUUUUGGCUCUUCGCCGAUUACACUUGACUGGCCUUCCAGAUCAACUGGCGUUGUUCGUUGAUCUCACCGCCCCUCCGCACGUGAACGCGCUCUCCCUCUACAUCACCGCUGAUGACUGGAACUUCGACGACGACGAUGACGUCGACGAACCCGAGUUCUUGCAAGACUUGCACAGGGCUAUCUCACCCCUCGCGCGCUCAAACGCAGGAAGCCUCAUGAUAGCCUUCUUGAGCUCCCGCACUCCCCCCGUGCGCGACAUCACCACCGUGCUUCAACCCGCGCUCGAAAUCGCUUCCCUUGCCCGGGUCACCGUAUCCGGCGUCGGACAGCCGGACGAAACGCACUUCCCCGUGAGCGACGACGCUCUGCGCACCCUCGCGGACGCGUGGCCGCACCUCCGCGAGCUCGCGAUCUCCUGCAAGAAGGUCCAGCUGCCCCGCGUCACCAUCACGGACCCCGCCGCCAUCGACCGGCCGAGCCUCCGCGCGCUCACCCACUUCGCGGAGCGCUGCCCCGAGCUCGUCCGCCUCGUGCUGCCCACGCUCUGGUUCGAGGCGCUCCCGAGGUCGCCGCGGAUGCACGACCUCGUGCGCCCCCCGCGCGCGCCGCACGGGCUGCGCGAGCUCAAGACGGAGCACACGGGCCCCGUGGGCGACCAUCUGGUUCGGGCCAUGGCGUUCGCGAUCGACAACCUCUUUCCGCACCUGGACGUCACCGACGCGCACGCCGACACGAGCGGGCGGCUGACGGAGUGGGGGCGGGUGGAGCACCACCUGCUCAUGCUCCGGUACGGGCGGACUGGGACGCAUCGCGUGCCGCCGAAGGGCGACUGCGGGCUGGCGGAGGUGCUCAUGUUGGACUCGGGGCAUGUGUGA